CUGAGCUAGGGGAUUCCCCCUGGAAGUUCCCACACUAGAGCUGCAAUUACCAUCUGCACAGGCCAGUCUGAUUGCUGAAACUUCAUACUCAAGACCUGUCGAGCCAGCUACAAUCUCUUAUGUUUUACAUUAUUUUCCUGUGAAGCACAAUAAUCCGGGGCACUAAGGUAGAAGUAUAUUGCUAAACCUCCCAAGAAUGACUUGAUUGAGCAAGACACUGAGCAGAGCCGUUGGGAAACCAUUCUUUGUCAUUUUUCAGGUUGCAGUUAUUAUCCACACCCUUUUUAGUGAUGAUACAGAACUGGGAAAUAUGGAUAAAAGCCAAGGAGAUCAGCUUAACAGAGCCUACGAAGCAUAUCGUCAGGCAUGUAUGGAUAAAGAGCGCUACAAAAAAGAACUACAGCAAAAGAAAGACAUUUAUGAACAACAAACACGAGAGCACAAGAAACAGAUAGAAAGCCUACAAAAUCAUGUCCAUCAGUUGACCUCACAACUCGGUGCAUUGACUGCAACAGCUGGCCACAAUGCACCACAGUCACCUAAACUAGAAAAUAAAGAUGGUUGGAAAAAUGAUAGCAUUCCUAAUGUGCCUCUGGAACAGAUUCAACAACAGCUAAGAAUGACAGUGCUGCGAGAAAAGCAUUACAAGGAGCAGCUUGGCAUAGAGAAUCUCCGGUUUUUGGAAAUGGAAGGUGAACGGGACAAGCUAUUAUCUGCCCUUUCCAGUAAAAAUGAAGAAGUUCAGCAUUUAAAAACCCUUUUGAAAGAAGCCAAUGAGAGGCGAGAAAAGCAAGAUUCUAAAAGCGUCCAUGGACAUGAAAUGGAGAUGAGAAGUAAAAACUUGAAUCCAGACCUUCCUGCUGCUUCUGCCUUCAGUGAAAAUGAAAGGCAAAGCUUCGUGCAGGUUUUCUCGGAUCUAAAGGAACAAUUUAGCCGGAUUUCCAAGUUAUCUAGAAGACAAAGCCACCUCCUAAAGUUAGAAAUCGCAUCUAGUAAUGAUCCCCAGCUACCAUUUUCUAUGCCUAUCCAAUGCACAGAUGAAGACUGCCAGGAAGUCCAGAUACCACAGAAGCCAAUUAUAGGAAUGGGCCCAUCACACUUUACACCCAUCACACCACGAGGGUUGUCUUCAGAUGAAGACCUGACCGUUUCUGUAGAGUCACUCUCAAACUUGAGUGUUAAGUUCCCACCAAGCACUGACAAUUCAGAAUUUUUACAGAGUUCUGUGGAAAAGCUGCAAGUUCUUCCUCUUGUACUGGAACAAAAUACAAAUUCUGGCAAAGCCCAGGUGGAAACGCCCCUCAAGCUUAGGAAGUUCAGCACAACAGUGAGCAGCCCACCAUAUUCACCUCGUUCACCGAGAACUGUGUGCCACAUGGACAAUGUCAAGGUUGAUGAACUAGGACCUAACUACAAGGACACCUUUGCCGCGGGAGCUCACGAUAGCAGUCUAUUCCUUGCAGCCCACAGUCCAUCUGGGAAAUGUACGAAUACCUUCCGUAUGCCAGAUAUUGCAAAUAUGGAUGAAUCCAUAGAUGUCGCAGAGAGGAGAAUCCGUGGACCUCAACAGCCUGUUUGGAAGCCAUCGUCACAUCAAGAUGAAGACCCAUCCAUAGCAGUUGGUGAGAAGUGGGAUCGGGAUAGUUCGGACGUAUGCGAAUUCUGCCAAGCUGUUUUCCCUCCAUCUACAAGAGCUGAGGCUGAAUUUCUUAGGCAUCUAAAUUCACACUUUAAAAAUUUAAUUUAAAGACACUUUCACUUUGUUGUCCAAAAAUGUUUUAUAUUUAGUACAAAUUCAGAUUGGAAAAAUUGUGUGUAAAUGGAACGGAAUAUGAAAAUUAUAUAU